AUGAUCCUCGGCGCAGCCGUUAGCUGCAACGACCACCGGAGCGAUCUGUGCGUCUCGAGAAUCCUCGCCGACCUGCAGGCCGGCGCGGACGCCGCAGCGGCGGUACAGAACGAGUGCUCCGCCAACUCCGCCGCCGCGAUCUCCGCGGCCGGCGGCCGCGCGAACGCCGACUCAACGACGACGGCGGCGACAACGGGGCUGUUGCCGCUGGCGCUCGCAGCAUACAAUUACGGGAACUUCAGACGGUCGCUGAGCGACUCGGAUUCGCCUCGUCACCUUCAGCUUCACCAAGUUAGUCAUCAUGACGGAAUCACCACGGGUUACGGCGGUUUCCGGGAAGGAAACGACACGAAGAACAACUUGCACGGUUUCCUGGAGGGAAACGACACGACAAACCACUCUUUCGAUGCUGGCGACUCGACACUGGCCUUCCAGCCCGCCACGACGAGCCUUCAAUUCCAUGGCGCCUCUUUUGAAGCUCUCCGCGCGGCACACGCCGCGAAUCUCGCUGGGCUGGAUCCGGCAACGACUCACCACUGGCAUCGGACGCUCGAAUCGGAGAUCCCGCUGACAGGCGGCGAGAUUGCUCAGCCACCGGCAACUGCGGCGAGGCUGGGAGUCGAAUCGGAAUCGCCCCGCCUGUGGCGCGACAGCGUGCGGCAGGCUGCUAACGCGGCCGGUGCCGCCGCUUGCGGGAAUGCUCCUUCUAACGCGGAUGCUGGUGCUGCGAUCCCGGCGUGUGCCGUCGGUAUUGGCGGAGAUGGCUCUCCCGUCGGUAUUGGCGGAGAUGGCUCUCCCGUCGGUAUUGAUGGCGCUGGUGAUGAUGGCGGCUCAGGGCUGACCCUCACAGGGCUGCUGAAGCAGAUGAAGCGACGCAGAACGCACGCGAGCGCGAGUGGUAACAUGAUCGACGGCGCCAGGCCUGAAUCGACCACCGACAUGGCGCAAGACUCGGAGGCGCUGUGCCAAAUCGUCUCACUCCGGGACACGGCGAGCGAGAAUGAUAGCAGCUCUGGCAGCAGCAGCACGGCUGCUGAUGAAGAGGGCGGCGCCAGCAGCAAUAGCGGCAUGGAAAACGGCGACCGAGCUUCGUCCCCUCUCUCAGGAAUCGCACAGGCUUUAACUGACGCCGCCCUUGACGAACCUGAGUCUCCUGCCUUCCCUGAAGCGGUAACCCGCCGUGUUGGCCGCGCUGCUUCGAUCAUCCUUGGCAAGGCGAAGGGGUGA